AUGUCAAAAAUGCAACAAGUUACUUAAGAGGCUAAGGCAGAAAGAGAUUAGUUUAAAUUAUAAUAUGAAUAGAUGAAGGUAUUAUGUUCAGAAUCUGAGGAAUUGAGAAAGAGAUUAAAACUUAGAGAAGUAGAAAAUGAAUAAUUGUAAUGUGAGAAUGAUAAACUUAAAUGGAAAGUAAGGAAGGAUCCUAAUGGAAUUCUGUCUGAUCUUAAAAUAAUGAAAUUGUAAGCAGAAGAUCCAAAUGCUAAAGUAUCGAUGGAAUAAUUAUCGAAGUUGGACAAUCAAGUUAGAUAAUUGUAGGAAGAGAAUAAUAGGUAUGAUUGCUAAAUUAAAUUUUAGGUUAACUGCAGAAAAUAAAUAAUUAACUAAAUAGAUCUAAUAGACUGAGUUAUAUGUUUAAGAAGUUAAAUCUAUGUUUGAUAGAGAAAGGUCAUUUCUUGAAGAAAAGCUAUUUCAUAAAGAUAAGGAAAUUAAUGAAAUGAUCAUACGACAUCGACAUGAAAUGGCUGAUAUUGAAAAUAAAUAUCAAGAUCUUUAAAGAAGAUAAGACAAUGAAAAUAAGACAAGAUAAACCCAUCAAAAUUAUUAAUAAUAAUCAUACUCCUAGUAUAAUUAACCUAGUGUAGCUUAGCAAUCUAGUUCUAAGGUCUCACCAUAUAAUGUGCCUUAAUUAUAAGCUAAAAUAAAAUCUUAUAUUUGA